UCGUGCGCGCACAGGCCGUUCUUCCUGUCAAGUUCGCGAAAAGUCGCGAUUUCUCACACGCGCGUUCCCUUCAAACACGUCACUCGGUGGUGCGAUCUCUUUCUUUUUUCAUUUCCUCGUCGUGUCCAAACAACUUAUUUACGUGCGCGGGGGUGCAGGGGACAUGUGUGCCACGUGGAAUCCACCUGCUGUUUUCACCAGGGAUUAGGCGAGCAGCCGCGACAGUGAGUGAAUGAGGAUACCUUGCUCCAAAAUUGAGCGAAUAUCGCAGUAUUUGGUGCGACAUUUCCUGUCACGCAUUUUGAGCUCGGUCGGAGACCUUAUUUCUCAUGGCAUGUUCCACGCGAGAAUUGUAAGGUUGCGAAAGGGAAGGACCGUGUGCUGGCUUCCGAUAUCUAUCUGCGCAGAGAGAUAUCGUUUGUGUUUUGAAAAGUCAUAACUCCCGCACAGGUGAACGGGAGGUCAUGCUGAGCAUUAUGCCGACAUUGAUGGCCUGAGCAGAUCUUCCAUGGACCGUUCACGACAAUCGGAGGAUGACUCACCGUCGUAUAUCUUCGCGGGAUUUUCACGUCGACGAUGCCAUCGUGGAUCCGCUGUGAUCAGGAUGAGAUCGAUUCUAGUCUUGACGAUGCUUAGCGCGGCCGGUGUCUCGUCCUCCUACAUGCCCGAGAAAUAUCCCGUAGAAGUGUAUCACAUGUACCAGGAAAGAACGCAAUUCGGGAUUGGGCGUGACAAUAGAGCAAGGGGCGCUUGGGGCACGUGGAGCUCGUGGAGCGAGUGUUCUCGAUCCUGCGGCACCGGUAUCCAAUCCCAAUCUAGGGAAUGCGUUCCUCUACGGAGACUUUUGAGGAGGCGAAGCAUUAUCUCGGAAAACGACACGAGCAGACCCACUUGCAUCGGCACGUACAGGCGCUACCACACGUGCAAUACUCAGGAAUGUCCAAACUUCCCGGAAGACCUGCGGGCGGAACAGUGCGCCAAAUACAACGGAAGGAAUUAUAUGGGCCGCAGCUAUGUCUGGGUGCCCUUCGUAGACGCGCCGAACUCAUGCGCGCUCAAUUGCCGUGCAGUCGGCGAGCGUUUUUACGCAACGCUUGAACCGGCAGUAAUGGACGGCACGCCCUGCGACGCUCCGAAUCUUCGCGGACGCGGUGUCGGGAUUUCGAUGGAACGCAACGGCGAGCGGUGGCUCUGCAUCGCCGGACAAUGCAAGUUUGUAGGGUGUGAUGGGGUGGUGGGUUCCGAUGUGACCAUGGACGCCUGCGGCGUGUGCGGCGGCCAGGGCAAGGGGUGCCGGUUGUUAGAAGGCAUCUUCAUGGAACCGAUUCUGCCCAAGGGUCAUCAGCAAGUGACCACGAUUCCGAAGGGCGCAAUGUCGCUCAACAUUUCCGAGCUACGGUUCAGCAGUAAUUUUCUAGCGUUGAGAGACAGUAACGGCAGUUACAUCCUAAACGGACCGUGGUCUUACAGUCCCAGUGGUACUUAUAAAGCGGCUGGUACGACAUUAACAUACCAGAGGGGCGAUAGGAACCGCAUGGAGUGCAUCUUGGCAACCGGGCCGUUGAACGAGUCUUUGCAUUUAGAGAUCUUAUCGUUGGACAUGAAUCCAGGCGUUCUCUAUAAGUUCAUGAUGCCUAUAAGGGAAGUGCCGGACGGCAAAGCGAUUAUUGCACCGCCGCUGCUCGUUGCGGGAUCAAACGAUCGGGGCAAUGAAAUACCAAGUUUGGAUACUCACGUGACUGUACCCAUUACAUCGGAUCGGCGGAACGAUUUAUCUUGGACGCGUCGCGAUCCUGUGCGCACGCAGGACGUCGGACGGAAGGAAGAGAUGAAGCAUCCGCCGACUACAGUGAUGGCGGGCGAUCAGCCAAAGUCAAAGGCGAGAAAGAAGAAGAAGAGGAAGUUCGCCUGGAAAAUAGUCGAGUUCGCUCGCUGCUCGAAGGAAUGCGGGGGAGGCGUGCAGACGCAGAUCCUCAAGUGCGUCCGUGAGAGCAAUCAGACGAUAGUCAGUGAUAAACGCUGUCGCAACGUGGAAAGACCGAACCUUCCUCCCCCGUCGCGAUGUAACGAUCAUCCUUGUGCCGCCAGGUGGCGAGCCGAACCGUGGAGCGAAUGCUCAGUCACCUGCGGGGUCGGUACUAAGACACGAAAGCUGGAAUGUGUCCAAGAGAUGAGCACGGGGCUGAUAAUGCGCGUGGCAGCCAGCACGUGUGUCCAACCGCCGGAUCUGAGGACUACGGAAGCUUGCAAUCCGUCGGCGUGUCCUAACACAGGUCCAGAAUUGAGGCAUAUGCAUUCGCAGCACGAUGCGUCCAGGUGGAACGUGGGUGCUUGGGGACCGUGUUCGAGCACGUGCGGCCGUGGAAUUCGAAAUCGAACAGUCACUUGCAUAACGUCCGGAGAAUCUUGCUCGUUGGCCAACAAGCCUGAAUCCCAAAAACCGUGUGAGAUAGCAGCUUGUAACACGGCGAUGGAGAUGGGACAUCACGCGCCUUGGUUAUACUCGGAAUGGUCUUCUAAGUGCUCCGUGGAAUGUGGAAACGGUGUGAGAAUUAGACGAGUGGCGUGCGCCGACGGCAGCGAAUUAUUUUGCAACCCCAAAGAACGGCCAGACAUGGAGACCCACUGUUUCGGGACGAGCUGCGACAGAGCCAAGUGGUUCACCGGCCCGUGGACUUCCUGUUCGGUCUCAUGCGGUGUUGGCGCGCAACAUCGAGAUACCGCUUGUAUAUCUAGGACGAAUGACGAAUUCGUCGCGCUGCCCGCAAAAAACUGCGGCGAUCCCAAGCCAGCGAGCGAGCAAGUCUGCCGAAUGCCCGCGUGUUCACCGGAAUGGUUCACCUCGGAAUGGUCAACGUGUUCCGCGACGUGCGGCUUCGGGAUGCAAACACGACUCGUACGAUGUAUAAUUGAGGGUGUCAGCAGCACCAGUUGUUCGGAAAUCAACAAACCAAUCGCGGAGCAACGAUGUAACACGGAGCCGUGCAAGAAAUCAGUAGAGAACAAACCGCCGAAAAAAGUGCACGAGUCAUCCGAGUGCGUGGACAAAUCUCCAAAUUGCGCUGUAGUAGUGAAGAAUGGUCUGUGCCGAGUGAAAUAUUACAAUAACAUGUGUUGCCAAUGCCGCCAAUAGCUGGAGCAGCGAUUUUCAUUCACCCGCGACUCAGUAAUCGCGAGCUAUCGUUAAAUGAAAUAUUAAUCGGAAGGCGAUAUGCCGAGCGUAAGACUGCUACAAAGAGACCAGAACCGCGUACGUAUGUAAAAUAUUAUUUAUAUCGCGCGACGAGAUAUAGCUUACACGUAGUCAUGCUUUAUUUUGCCAAUUCUCGCGGAUCCCUUCUCUUUACGAAGAAUCCCAAAUAGCACGCGGUGAAUUCUUCAAGUAUUCGCUGAAGUUUUCUGCUUUCUCGAGUUUUAUCAUUCUUUAGGAAUUCACAUGUAAUAGAAUAUUAUAAGAAUGAUUCAGAAAAUUGCACUAUGAUUGGAAUUCCCGCCAACUUGUCAGAAUAUUCAUAUAGAAUUAUUUCAUAUCACAACAGACCCUAUGAAUUCAAGGGGAACAGUAUUUAAGAACGGAAGAAAGAAAUACGCGCAGUAAAUACCAAUUAAAAGUAAGAAAGUAAUAAUAACAAACACUCGUAAUUCGUGACAAAUUCUCCGAGUAUAUCGAAGUACUCGCGAGAUAUUUGUUAUAAUGAACUUUUGAGGAAUACUUCAAGACGAAUUUGAUUGUGGUGAAUUGAAUUCUCCAGAUGUUCAUUUUUCAAAUUCUGUGAGUAUUCUUCGAUAUGAAUUCUCCAUAAACUGCUAUUCGCCACUGUGCUAUCUGGGUAAUAUAUCGACGAGAGACGAAACGUUCGUUUCUUUUUUUAAGUGUUCAUUGUCGGUCGUACGCGUAUAGUCUGUAUUUCAGUACGUUCACCUGUGCGCACUGGUCGUUUUACAUGGCGUCGCGUCGAUAUCUGUGUUAUCGCACGGACAGGUGCAGGGCCGUAAUUUUACCGGAACGCGCGUCUACUACUCUGCCCCUUUUGUAAUAAGUAGCAAUUUUAACUUUUUGCGAUUUUAACUUUUGUACGCUUUGCGUCAUAAGUGGCGCGCGUUAAAAGAAUACGUGACGACCUCUAGUAGUAUCUGAAAGAUUAUACAGCGCUAGUUACAACUAAUUUAUCGCAUCGGGUUUUAUUUAUCCGAACGAUUAAUCUCGGCACGAGACGGUCCCGCCUAUAUAAAUACAGUCAGCCCUCGACAAUAUGUAGAUCUGACGUACGUAGUAAACCCGUACUUGCGUAGAAAAUUCUUGGCUUAAAAUGUUACGAAGACCAAUACGUGGAAAUACACACGGCCACUGUCGUGUUUUUAUUCAGACGUCGUGUGAAAUUUAGUUUGUAGAAACUAGACAUUUCUUCGAUCAAAACGCGUUUAAUUCGUUCAUUAUUGCUUUGAUUCAAUCAAUCUUCUUUCUUCAUGUAGGAUUUUGUGGAAUCAUUCGCCUAUACGACAGAAAAUUAUAUGUUAAAUUUAACACAUUUCACGUGUCCCAAACAGUCUACACAAAUGUUCUUGUUAA